CCUCCACUGCUUCCGGGUCGGUGUCCAAUGUCCAGCUGUUUCCGAUCGUGGUCAUGUUCCGCAUCGCGCCGGAACGUGCUGAUGCCGCUAGAUCAGCACCAAUUAACUCUGACCGCUGCUGCUGCUGGCUCCGUCGGUGUCACCGGGGGACCACCACCCCCACCCGGUCACUUUACGUUCCGUCGGCAGUUCGAGGCACGAUUAAACAAUUCGUGGCGGACGGCUCUAUUCAUCAAGUGGUACGCCGUGCUGAUCAACGUGGUCGAAGCGUGUUUCGCUAUCUACGAAAUUGGAAAGCAAAAGCGACACCGCCGGUGGCCUGCGGAAGGACACUUUCCCGAUAGUGCCGUCCGACGGAAUCUGCACUCGGCGAUGGCAACACUGAUGCUGCUGUCCAGUGGGGCGGCCAUUGUGGGACUGCUCGCGCAAAAUACCACUCUGCUCCUUCCGUACUACUUCCUCCACGUGGCCACCCUGGUACUGGAGCUAAACUAUGUGGUCAUUCGGGUUGCCACGGCCGUCAGCUGGACCGGGGGUGGCGGAAAAUCCGGCAAUCAUCGUCGCCGUACUUCAACCGUGCGCACGCUGGCAACACUGGCCUACAUCACGUUCAAUUUGCUGAUAAUGAUCGGAGCGGAAUUUGGCACCACCGGAGGAGGAAGAGGAGAAGGCCUGCUGUGGCGUGCAGAGUACCCACCGUUUUGGCAUCGGUUCUCGACGAUGAUGGCCUGAGCGUGUCCGUCCAUGCCAUGUGAUGUGCUUUUGCCAGAUGGGGACUCACGUGACUUGGU